CAGAGGGAUGAGGCCUGGGGAGGCUGAAAAGAGACAGCACAGCAAAGCCACCUGUGGAGGACCUCGCACUGCAGAGAAUCGCACACCGCUGGCCACCCAACAGGCCACAGAAUGGUAUAAGGUAUAGCAGGGUCCAGGAUGAGCUCCUGAGUUGUCCCCAAAUUGGCGGGUGGAUGAGUCUAGCGACCUCGCUGCUUUUCUAGGGCUGGUAACUCUAGUCCCUUUUAAGGACUCUUGUGCUAUUAGCAGCACAUGGUGUUUCAGUUUGUUAGGCACUCCCUGGCAUCCAGCAGAGUGCUACAGGCUUUAAUUUUCAGUCCAAGCAGAGCAUAGUUGAACAAGGAGACUCCUCAAGCAGACCGUACAACUGCUAAUCCUGUAUCAGAUUCCCAAAGAGAAACUUCCCCCCAGAGGUGCAUCACCCUCACCAACCCUCAGCUCUUUCUCUAGCAAAAUCGCAUCGCUCACCCUCCAGAUUCCUGUGGGUGUUGCAUUCCAAAGGCUGGAGCCAUCGGGGAGCAUUCGGCUCUUUGUCAAGUUCCUGAUUACCCAUCAUGUUCGCAAGAUCAUAGCAAAAGGCCCAUUCCAUGCUAAUUAAGGCAGUCAAACGCUGAACAAGCAGCCAAGACUGGUGGGGCACCAAGCUAAAUUCAGAGGCUCAUGGCUGAGUAUACUGUUCAAUGAGGUGGUAAUGCAGAUAAAUUAACCAUGAGGGGGGAACACCAAAACCACUCCUUACCCUAAUUAUCCUAGGGCCAGCCCUACAAGUAGGAGAAGAUUUUCCCUCACAUGGAGAUUACAUGAUGGGCAAAACCUGUACCUGAUGUCAGGUCAGGUUGUGGGUAAAGGCUUACUCUGUCAGUGGAGAAGUGGGGAGACAGAAGCCAUGACCUUCCAACAUUGAUAUCUUCACUCACAAUCUUGAAUAGGAGGAGCUGUCUUUGGCUGUUUCUCAGCUGGAGUCCAACCUGACCAAACUUGUCAUGCUUACAACAAAUGAAGAAGAGAGACUCCAGAACCACCAGGCAGUUAUGCUCAGUUUGGGAGAUGACAUCACCACUAAAUUUAGGCAACUCCACCACUUUCUCUAUACCUGUGAAGAGUCAUGGAAGGUGAGGCUGGAGGAGGAAGGACGAGCCCUGCUCCGAGAGACAGAGGGGAGACUGCGAGUGCUGAAGGAGUCUUCUCAUGGGGCUCAGGAGUUGCUCUUGGAAGCCCAGGGCCACCUGCAACUACAGGACUCUGCAAAGUUCCUAACGGAUAUACAUUCUCUCCUGAACAGGGUGAAGCAGCAACCAGUCACCUCACCUGUACCUGAGAUGCGCCCCAUGUUGCAGAUCCUUGGACAGCUCAAGGGACCGACACAGUAUAUUACUUGGAGGGAAAUGAAAUCUUCUCUUGGCAUAGGUAAGGUGGAUAUUUGGCAGGGGAAGAAAACAGAAAAAGGUCCUGGUUGGUUGCCCUCUGUGAUUGAACAACAUGGCAAAGUCAGGAGUCAGGCCAAUUGGCAAGUAUUUCCCUCACUGGGACAUAGAGCUUGGCUGUCUGUGGCUUGCGUGGGAAGGUCUACCAAAGAAAUACAGAGGUCAGCAUAA